AUGCUGAAGACGGCACAGAAUGUAUGUCUGUCUGCCUCCUUGAUCAAGAUUGCAUAUGACUCGCGACAUCGUGGAGCGGCUACCUCACAACAACAUAGCAUCGUCGCUACUAGUUGUGGUUGUGUUAUUCGGAAUUGUUGUCCUAUGCAGUGGGAGACUUGGGCAGAAAUUCCUCAGGAGACGAAGAUACUAGUGCGAGACAAGUUGUCGGUCAAUUUUGAUUUUAAGGACAUAUCCCCUGAGGUCAUCACCUACUUAGACGAGACCUUCGCAAAUCGGUACAAAAAUUGGAAGAGCGAUCUUCAUGCGCAUUUUAAGAAAUUUAAUGAUCCAGAGGUUGCUCGCCUAGAGGGUUGCCCAUCCGAGUUGGAGGACCGGCCAGAGGAUUGGGAAUGGCUCUGCAACCAUUUUACGGACCCAAAAUUUGUGAAGAAAUAUGUUGCUGGCAAGAUAGCUCGGGAGUCUAAGACACUUCUCCACCAUUCCGGUUCGAAGCCCUUUUCGUAUAUGCUUGAGACACGACGUCAGGUAAAAGUAUAUUAA